CGUUGGCCAGUUGCUCGUGCACCCGCGCUCCGCUUGAACUUGACUCGCUGAGAUCAUCAAAAAUUUAAGACUAAACUAUUUGAGUUCUGAGAGGUUUACAAUAGGAGAAAAAAGUUGGAUGUCGGGUGGAAUUCAUUGAAUAUGAGGAUCUCUAGUGGAUUACUCCUGUUGGCGGCUUUGGUUCCUGUAUUGUCUUCACCUCAAGGGAGACCAGAUAAUAUCUCUAAAGACUGCCCCAGAAAGUGCUGGUGUUAUCAAACUGCUGUACGAUGCAUGUUCCAGGGUAUCACCAGAGUACCGAGAGUGUCAGGGAACUCUACAAUUUUAGAUCUGAGAUUCAACGAUAUCGUUGAUAUUCCACCUGGUACAUUCCAUGGACUGAAAAAUCUUGAUACAAUUCUGUUGAAUGAUAAUAAAGUACGGCAUUUGAAGGCGAAUGCAUUCGUUGGCCUCUCGAACUUGACUAUUCUAUACUUGUACAAGAAUCGAAUAACUUCGGUGGCAGUUGGAGCAUUUGCGCACUUGCCAAACUUGAGACAACUCUAUCUCCACGAGAAUCGUCUGACGGAGAUCGAACCGAGAACGUUCAGCGAUCUACCGAAGUUGGAGAGACUAUUUUUGCAAAAUAACAGACUCCACAGAAUACCAGCGGAUGCCUUUGAAAAUGUUGGGCCAAUGACACGUCUAAGGUUGGAUAGCAAUGCGCUGGUAUGUGAUUGCGAUCUUCUUUGGCUUGUUGAAAGACUUCGCGAAGGGCCAUCGGAGACGACUGCGGUCUGUCAAGCUCCAGUGGAGAUGGAAGGUCGAUCACUCACCUCUAUGUCCACUGAGGAUUUCCAUUGCCAUGUUCCAAAGAUAAUGAAAGGCCCAGAAGACAUCCACUUGGCAAUUGGCGAAACAGCUUCCUUCAGCUGUAAAGUAGUUGGCGAUCCAAAACCGAAAAUAAAGUGGAUGCGAAAUUCCGACGAAGUAAAUCCAGAUGGCUCGCGCUACAUCAUAAAAGAGGACGGUACUCUGGUUAUUUCGGACAUUUCUGAGAACGAUGUUGGAGAGUACGAGUGCAUUGCUGAGAGCAAAAUGGGUUCAAUAGCAUCGCGAAAGGCCCGCGCGGUCAUAACCGCGACUCCCUCUAUUCGUUUUACGGAAAUUCCCAACUCCCAGUCGGUCACUGCAGGUGAGGACAUUAUAUUCACUUGUAAAGCAGAGGCUCGUCCCUCCCCGCGGAUCGAAUGGUGGAGAAAUGGCCAACGGAUCCGAGGAGACGACAGGAUGUUCCUAGAAGACGAAGGUAUGACCUUACGAAUUAUCUCCACAACCACUGGCGACUCUGCUCGAUACGUCUGCCAAGGAAGAAACAUCAACGGAUUCGCAGAGGUUAGCGCAGAUCUGAAAGUUGUCUCCGAGAAUGCCAGCCCUCCCAGAUUCACUUACGAGCCUCCAGAGAACAUGGAAACAGAGUUGGGAGCCACCGUUGAACUCCCCUGUCGCUCAGAAGGUGAACCGAAACCCAUAAUCCACUGGAAGAAAGAUGGAAGUGCUUUGGAACCCAUCCCCAGGUACAGAAUCUCGCGUGGAGGGAGUUUAUACAUCCAAAACAUCACCUUGAGUGACUCUGGGAGAUACGAAUGCACAGCUGCCAAUGAUUACGGUCGAGCAACUGCUCAAAGUCUCUUAAAAGUUAAACAAGCUUUAGUUACCUCAAACAGCAUCGUUCAUCGAGCUUUUCAAGACGCAACAGAUAGUAUUGAUAGGGCCGUAAAUCAGACAUUAGCAAGGCUGUUUGGAAUCGAUGGUGCACCUCCUACAGGUCAUUCUGACCCUUUCAGAAUCGCCAGGUUUCCCAACAAAGUCGCCAGGGCUAAUGCCAGACCUGCAGAAAUUUUCGAAAGAACUCUAGUCAAUAUUCGAAAGUUUGUUAAUCAAGGUAUGAAGGCUAAUGUUUCAGGACCCUUCAAUUAUACCGACAUUUUGACGCAUGAUCAAGUCCGGGAGAUUGAGAAGCUCGCGGAUUGCACUGGACACCGACAGAAACCAAAAUGUAACAAUUUGUGUUUUCAUAGUAAAUACAGAACAAUCGAUGGCACCUGCAAUAAUUUGAAACACACAACCUGGGGAUCAUCUUACACAGGAUUCCGGAGGAUUCUUCAACCGAUUUAUGAAAAUGGGUUCUCUCAGCCAAUUGGGUGGGAUAAAACGAGACUAUACUUCGGAUUCACAAAGCCUGCUGCAAGAUUAAUAUCGACAAAGAUUAUUUCAACUAAUAAGAUCACUUCAGACGAUAAAUUAACACACAUGUUAAUGCAGUGGGGUCAAUUUUUAGAUCAUGACCUUGACCAUGCUCUUCCUGCGGUCUCCAGCGAGUCCUGGGAUGGAAUUGACUGCAAAAAAUCCUGUGAAAAUGCAGCUCCAUGUUUCCCAAUGGAAGUACCUCCUGGAGAUCCUAGAAUCACCAAUAGACGUUGCAUUGACUUUGUCAGAUCCAGUGCAGUUUGUGGAUCUGGAAUGACGAGUAUUCUUUGGGGACAUGGGAUGAGCCCAAGAGAACAGAUGAAUCAAUUGACGAGCUAUAUAGAUGCUUCUCAGGUCUACGGAUACGAUGAUGAUCUAGCCAGAGAUCUUCGGGAACUUCAGAGUGAUCGGGGAUUGUUAAGAGAAGGCGCUGCAUUGCCGGGAAGAAAAGCAAUGUUGCCCUAUAUGUCGGGACAAUUUGUGGAUUGUCGAAGGAAUCCUCAAGAAAGCUCUAUCAACUGUUUUGUUACUGGAGACUUUCGAGCUAAUGAACAGGUGGGAUUGCUCGCAAUGCAUACUAUUUGGUUGAGGGAGCAUAAUCGUAUUGCCAGAAGUUUAGGAGAGUUUAAUCCCCAUUGGUCCGGGGAAAAGUUGUACCAGGAAGCCAGAAAAAUUGUUGGAGCUGAGAUGCAGCACAUUACUUAUCAGCAAUGGAUGCCUAAAGUUUUUGGAAAAAGUCUUGAGGAGUUGAUUGGAGCCUACUCUGGUUAUGACCCCGAUUUGGAUCCUAGGAUUUCAAACGUUUUUGCCACUGCGGCGUUACGAUUCGGACAUUCACUUAUCCAACCACGAUUGGAGAGAUUGAACGAAACAUUCGGAAGCAUUCCUCAAGGACCUCUCAGCCUCCGUGAUGCUUUCUUCUCACCUUGGAGACUGGUAGAUGAAGGUGGAGUCGAUCCCCUCCUUCGUGGAAUGUUCGCUACUGCUGCAAAACUCAAAUUACCAGAACAAAAUCUCAACUCCGAACUCACUGAAGAGCUCUUUAAAACUGCUCAUGCAGUUGCUUUAGAUCUAGCAGCCAUGAACAUUCAGAGAGCUAGGGAGCAUGGAAUCCCGGGAUAUUUAGAGUGGAGAAAGUACUGCGGUAUGGCAAGUGCAAAUGACUUUGAGGAUCUUGCAAGGGAAAUCAGCAAUCCCCGAGUGAGAAGGAAAUUGAAGGAACUCUAUGGACAUCCUGGAAAUAUGGAUGUUUGGGUCGGUGGAAUUUUAGAGGAUCAACUACCUAACGCUAAAGUUGGCCCUUUGUUUAACUGUCUGUUAUUAGAACAAUUCCGCAGGUCUCGCGAUGGGGAUAGAUUUUGGUAUGAGAAUCCGUCCACCUUCAAAUCCGAACAACUGCAACAGAUUAAACAGAUCAGUUUAGCCAGAAUCCUUUGCGAUAAUGGGGACAACAUCACUAGAGUUCAAAGAGACGUAUUUCAACUCCCUGAAGGGGAAAAUAGUUUCAUCAAUUGUGAUGAAAUUCCGUCAAUUAAUCUUCGAUUCUGGUCUGAUUGCUGUGAAAACUGUGAAGUACCCUCUGGGAAUGGGAUUCCAAGGUUUAGGAGAGAGGCGGAGAAGUAUAUGGAGCACAUGAACGUACGAAACAUCAGGGAUCUUGAACGACAAGUCAAGGAUCUCCAAGUAGAAUCGCAGAAACUCAAAGAUCAAGCCAAAGAGAUGGCACUACGUUUCAAAAUAUUACAGGCCCAAUUGAGCUCGCAAAUAAUUUCGAAUUUUAAAUAAUUUCGAUAGUGAUGUCCUGCAUUAUGAAAACACCUGUGCAUUUUAUAUUCUGGUUUUUACAUACUUUUUUGUACAUAAACUUUUUAUUCACUCCGUAAUAAUUCGCAGCUGUAUCUUCGAUGUAUAUACUAACUAAGGAAUAAUUCAAGUCUGUUAACCGUC